AUGAAGUUCUUCGCUGUCGCUGCUCUCUUCGCCACCGCCGCCAUGGCCGCUCCUGGUUCCGCUCCUGUGCCCGGUGCUGCUGCUGCUGCCGGCAACGGUAACGCCCCGGUUAUCAACCAGACCCAGCAGAAGGCCUUCACAGACGCUUGCAGUGCUAAGGGCAACCACCCCGUCUGCUGCGACCAGAUCGACACCUCCAAGACCACAACUGUGAACGAGGGACUUCUCGGUGGCCUCCUCGGUGAGGGCCUGGGUGGCGUUCUUAACAACCUUGUUGGUGGCGAGCCUGGCGCUUGCAGUGGUCUUGUUUCUGCCCUCAACAAGCAAUGCCAGACCAGCAUCGGUUGCUGCCAGCAGAACGCCAAGGGCGACAACUACCAGAGCGGCCUCCUCAACCUCAACCUCCAGGCUCCUUGCCUUCUCAGCAAUGGUCUGUAA